GUUCACAAUUAGAGAAAAUAUGAGUUGAUCGGAUAUUUAACUAAUGGGACGCUUUGGUUAAUCUCUCACUCUCUCGGGCUUUAAGCAAAAGCUUCUUCCAUCUUCGUCUUUAUCGUCUUGUUUCCGUUUCUAAAUGUAAGCUUUGUGUUCAUCGAAAUCAAACCCUUGUCGCUCUCCGUCUUUAAUAUGAAGAAUCCCAUUUUAUUGUCAUGUAUCGAGUUAAAAAAACCCUAGCUUUCGAGCUUAGAGGUUCGUUCAUUGUUUUGAUUCUCUUACGUUGAAGCUUUUUUUUGAAGGAUGUCUGGUGAUGAUGAACCUUGCUCUGGCUCUGGAGACGAAGUUAACGUCACUGGUGGACAUAACAAGUCUACCCCUUCUAGUUCUGGACCAACAACAACACGCAAGAGAGGUCGCAAGGCUUGUGGCGAUGCUAGAAAUCGCAGCAGCUUCCAAAAUGAGGGCAGCGGCAUUGACCAAGGACGGGGAUAGGUUCUCUAUCAGCAAAUGCAUCAAAGCAUUGGACGAUUUACAAGAUUCGUCCACUAGUAACGAAGAUUUUGACAUAGAAUUGGAUGAGAUGGAAUUAGUUGCUGCAGCUGCUGGUUACUUGUACUACCAAAGUUGUGUGAAUCAACCUCAGAGUAAUUCGCCACCUACGAUAUGUACAUAUUUGAAAGCCUUGCUAGAAGGACCUGUUAAAGAUUGCAGGGAACUGCUUCGGAUGGAUAAGCAUGUGUUUCAUAAGCUAUCUGAAACACUUCGAGGGAAAGGCUUGCUGCGUGAUACUACUGGUGUUUUGGUAGAAGAGCAGUUGCUAUAUUCUUAAGCAUCAUUGGCCAUAAUCAGCGAAUCAGAGUGAUACAAGAGAGGUUUCAGCGUUCUGGUGAAACCAUUAGCCGGCAUUUUAACAACGUGCUAAAGGCGGUUAAGUCCUUGUCACGUGAGUUCCUUCACCCACCAUCUCUGGAAACAUCUCCCGAGAUAGUCAAUAGCAAAAGGCUUUAUCCAUAUUUCCAGGAUUGUAUCGGAGUUUUAGAUGGCUUGCAAAUUCCUGCUCACCUUCCUACAAAACACCAGUCUCGGUUUCAUAACAAGAAAGGCAUACUUACUCAGAAUGUGCUUGCAGCUUGCACUUUUGAUUCACAGUUUAUAUUCGUCUAUCCGGGAUGGGAAGGCUCUGUUGAGGAUUUACACAUCUUAAGAGCAGUCCUAGACGAUCCAAACCAGAAUUUCCCACAAGCUCCCAAAGG